UAAUAAAACAUGUAAUUGAAGACGUUGCGUGUGUUUUUGUUAUCAAUUAUUAUAAUACUCCGUUUUAAUUUAUUUACGUCAUAAGAUUUACGGUUUAUUAAAGUUAUUAAACAAAAACCCGAUACAGAUUUAUUGACAUUUCCAAAUGUCAAAAAUAAACGCUAUCGGUAGUAUCAGUCGCCAUGUUACACAUUACAUAUCUAUCGCAAAUUGCAUUUUAUGAAAGAAAUUGCUAGUGUCAAACAAAAGCGCGCGAUUAUAAUUUGUUAUUAGUGCGACGAUAACAAAUUCUAGGAUAAAGUGUUAAUUACAACAUUUCUAAGAGUAAUGGCUCCACCUAGAAAAAUAAUAAGGCAGCAACAGGAGAUUCUGAUAGAAUUUCUUGAAGAAAACAGGGAUGUAGCUAAUGGCAUACCACCCGGAGCGCCCAUAUCCCAUCAGCCUUCAAGACAGAAAUGGACAAUGCUGGCUAAAAAACUCAACUCAGUCAAUGGAGGUGUUACAAAGACUCCCGAUGGAUGGAAAAAGUACUGGUUUGAAUGGCGGCAUAAGUGCAGAAAAAAGGCAGCUGAUGCGAGAAGGUAUCAGAGUGGAUCAGAUAUGGGACGGAACAGAUUUGUGCCUCUUAAUGACUUGGAGAUCAGAGUCCUAGAACUGAGUGGCAAAGGCUCCGUGACUCCUUCAGUGCCCAUGUCUCAACAAUUAGACGACUUUUUAGCUGAAGAUUCUGACUCUGAACAGCCAUUAGAAACUAUAAAAAUCCAGGCAGCACAAGUAACUGUUAAACCGAGACAAUCAGUCAGUAGUACAUCAAAACAUUUUGUGAAUUGUGCGGAAGACCAGACGCGACCAUCGACGCCUCCGCCCAAAUGGGCUAUAGAUCUGGAAACUCGUAGAAUAGCAGCAGAGGAACGCAUGGCUGAAGCCCUAAUGUCUAUGGCUGCAGUUAUGAAAAGCCAGGAAGAACGCAGAGCUAUGCUAGACGAGAGAAUAGCGGAUGCUAUUACAACUAUUGCUGGGACUGUACAAGACUUGAAUAGUGGCGUGCAAGAAGCCUUGCGUCAUCUACAACAACUACACCCCAUACAAUCAAAUGGGCCCAGUUUAAAAAGAGAUGUUUUUCUAUGAGUUACUAGUGAAUUCUAAGAAACAAUGUUACAUUCUAGUACAGCCCAUAAAUAUAUUGUUCUUACUGUGUGCAUUACUCUGUGAGUGCGAGCAUCACAGACAGUCUGCGCGCUUGUGUGUUGGUGCAGGGCAGAGUGUCCCUUCUCCAUGUUAUUGUUUAUUCUAUUAUUCUCAUCAUCAUUAAGAGUCACGCUCUUGUCGAUGAUGCUACACCGACAUGCUACUUUUUAGGGAAAAAUAGGGCAGUGGUUUCCCUCUUGCCUUCCGCCCUCUAUUAUUCUAGUCAAUGUAAAACAUAUUUAAAUGUAGACUGUUUUUGUAUUGUUUUAAGUCAUCCUUGAGGCAUUAACGAGUGUAAAGAGGUGUAAGAAAGAAGAGAUGAGGAUUGGAUGCUAUCUUUGAGAUAGUCUUGUGUUGUGAAAGUGAUUAUGCCAUACUCAAAAAACUUGUAAAUACCAGAAUGAAGUACAUUUAAACUUAAUAUUUUGUAUAUUUGUUUACCAAAAAUAUAGAAGUGCUUGCUUGCGAAAUA